AUGAAUUUGUGUAUAACUGGGCAUUGUUAUAUUGUUAAGGGAAAUGAGAAGGUUCUAAAGAGGGCUGUAAAGAUUUUGUUGUUCACCUUGGCUACUUGUGAAUUUGACAUUUGGAUUACCUACAACUGGCUAUCACUUUCUGAGGCUGUUGGCACCAUGCGAUUUGGUGUUGUCUUGCUGCUUUGCUUGUGGGUGCUGGGGGCUGCAGGAAGCACAGCUGAAUACAAGAGGCACAUGCAUGAAGGGCACAGGAAAGGCAGGGCUCACAGACUAAGAAGAGAAGCAUGUAAAGAUGAUGAAGUAGGAAGGCAUAAAAAGGGCAGCCCCAUCCUGAAAAGGAGUCCUGAUGUAACAAAAUCUCUAUUGACAAAAUCAGAGCAGCUUCUCCGAAUCGAUGACCACGAUUUCUCAAUGAGGCCUAGUUUUGGAGGGCCUGCAAUCCCAGUUGGUGUGGACGUACAGGUAGAAAGCCUUGACACCAUUUCUGAAGUGGAUAUGGACUUCACCAUGACUCUGUACCUGAGGCACUACUGGAAGGAUGAGCGGCUGUCCUUCCAAAGCACCAACAACCUCAGCAUGACCUUCGAUGGCAGGCUGGUGAAAAAGAUCUGGGUCCCCGAUAUGUUUUUCGUUCAUUCAAAGAGAUCGUUCAUCCACGACACGACGACAGACAAUGUGAUGCUGCGCGUUCACCCAGAUGGGAAAGUGCUCUACAGCCUCAGGGUUACAGUUACAGCCAUGUGCAACAUGGACUUCAGCCGCUUCCCUUUGGACACCCAGAGCUGUUCGCUGGAGAUCGAGAGCUAUGCCUACACUGACGAAGAUCUAAUGCUGUACUGGAUGAAAGGCAAUGACUCUCUUAAGACAGACGAAAGGAUAUCUUUGUCCCAGUUCCUCAUACAAAAGUUCCAUACGACUACAAAGCUAGCAUUUUACAGCAGUACAGGUUGGUACAACCGUCUGUACAUCACCUUCACGCUCCGACGACACAUCUUCUUCUUCCUGCUCCAGACCUAUUUCCCAGCCACUCUGAUGGUCAUGCUGUCCUGGGUGUCCUUCUGGAUUGACCGCAGGGCUGUGCCGGCUCGAGUCCCGUUAGGUAUCACCACGGUGCUGACCAUGUCCACCAUCAUCACUGGAGUCAAUGCGUCGAUGCCCAGGGUCUCCUACAUCAAGGCUGUGGACAUCUACCUGUGGGUCAGUUUUGUGUUUGUGUUCCUGUCGGUGCUGGAGUACGCUGCAGUGAACUACUUGAGUACUGUGCAGGAGCGCAAAGAGAGGAAGAUGAGAGACAAGUCCCAGCUUCCCUGUACCUGUGGUCCGUCCCACCCGCAGCCCAUGAGGAUGGAUCCCAGCUACAGUGAAGGGGAUCUCAACACCAACUCUUAUGGGAUGCCUGGGAAUGGGGAAAGGCAGGAAAGGAUUAUAGUGCAUUUGGCUCUGGGGGACAGGCGCCCCACAAGCAGGAGGAAAGGGUCCCGCGGAUACGUCAGCAUGUGGAUUGACACGCACGCCAUUGACAAGUACUCUCGUGUGAUCUUUCCUGGAGCCUACAUUCUUUUCAAUAUAAUAUACUGGUCCAUUUACUGCUAGUCUGAGGGCACAAUGCACCCGCUGAACCAGAGCAAGACAAUGAACGCUGAAUGUUUGUGCAGAAGUAAAAAUACUGUUGCUUUCUUAUUUAUUGUCAAUUGUGUUUUGUUUUUUUUGUGAAUUUAGCAUCCCCGAUGAGCUGAAAUCUUCACUACUCCACAGCUUAUAACCAGCCCUUAUCAAAUAAGUGAAACACCAAGUAAAAAGAUUACAAUAAAAUAUAUUGUAUUAAAGGUCACAGGUUUAAAAGAAUUGUUGGCAAUGGUUACAGUAAGAGCAAAACAAAUGAGACUGACUAACAAUUUAAAUGUUAAAUAUUUCCAGCAGUACCGCUUGUCACCACCAGGGGAGAAAGGCAACAAACUGCAGUUAAAUGCAACUGUCAUAAAUUAAAGGCCACUCUGCAAUCUAAUGUUCCAGGCAGGGAGGCAGAGUGGAAUAAAAACAAAUAUACUGGUGCACAAAAGAAAUG